AUGAAAUCGGUAAAUCUCCUUCUUUUGAUCUUUCUCUCAAAUGGGUUUUUUGUAAUUGCAUCGUUCUCGAAGUUUGAGUUUGAGCAAAAAGUCGAUUUUGAAUCUACACAAGCAUCGAUUGGUGAGAACAGAGAAGAAUCAGGACCUAAAAUUAGUUACGAUCGUCUCAAUGAGGUGAAGCGAAAGUGUAAAUCUGUGUUGUCUUCAGCUUCUGAGUUAAAGCUCGAACCAAUCUCUAGGGCUCCUAGAAAAAUCAAGAAAGUACUCAGCUUUCGAUACGGUGAUUGGAAUCAAGAUUCUGGUAAUUCACCGAUUCUACCUUUUGAUUCGAGGACAAACUCAUCGAAGCCUAUGAAUCUGGUUUCUUUCUUGGUAACAGAUCUAGAUCUUCCUCACCGAACCAAGAAAUACAUUGGUGUUAAUGGUGUUUUGCUACUUGCGAUUACAACGUUUAAUGAGUUACCAAGUUUAAGAUCUUAUGGUGGGAUUCGUGAGUUUGAGUUAUGGCCUAGUCAUACUCAGCUUAAGAUCUCUUUUCAAGGGAUUUAUGUUGAGAAUGAAGAAGAAGAAGAGAGAGUUUUGUGUUUGCUUGGUGAAACAAUGUUACCUUUUCGUGAUUCUGUUUCUGAUCCAUGGAAAUGGGUUAAAGAACACGACGAGACGCCUCCGCUUUUGCAAGAUGAUCAGAUACUGCUUGUGAUUCGGUAUCCGAAAAGUUUCACAUUGACGAAACGAGUGAUUAAUGGAGAGCUUACAAGUUUUAACCAGAAGCCUAGUCUCAAGUUUUUCGAUAAGAUCAAUCUGUUUUCUCAGCUUGGGAAAUCAGCUCGUUACGAUUUUGUUUCGGAUGAUUUGGUAUCAAAGGCUUGUGAUCCGUAUCCGUAUAAAAACGAUACCUUUACGAGUUCCGGGAGUAGUGUUGAUGUUUACAAAGGGAAAGGAUUCUGUGAUCUUCUUCAAAGAGUUACUAGUCGUGCGCCUCUCACGGUUGUACCUAACUGGAAAUGUAAUGGUACUGAUGAUUAUUGCAGCAAAUUGGGUCCGUUUGCGUCUGAUGGAGAUAUUAAAUUGACGGAUGGUAGCUUUAAAGAUGUGAAGUUGUAUAUGCAAAAUGUACAUUGUGAGGAAAACGCAGCUCGUUCUGAAACCGAUGCUAUUACUAAAGUAUCAGUGGUUUUCCGUGCAGUUCACCCGAAUGAGAAUCUUUACAUUUCAGGGUUGAAAUCAGGGCUAAACAAUAUGACUGUUACAGCUGAAGGGAUUUGGAAACCUUUGAGCGGUCAGUUAUGUAUGGUUGGGUGCAGAGCUGGCCAAGUUGAUGGCUGCAAUGCUCGGGUUUGUUUGUAUAUCCCAACUACUUUUUCGAUACGGCAGCGAAGUAUACUAGUUGGAACUAUCUCCUGCCUAAAUACCGAAAAGAAUUUGACUCCGUCUUUCUUCCCUUUAUCGUUUGAGAAGUUUGUGGAGCCUAUGGAUAUGCAGAAUUACUUCCAGUCUUCGGUUUCGCAUCCGUUUUAUAGUUAUUCGAAGUUAGAUGAAGCUGGUGUCAUUCUUGAGAAAAACGAAGAGUUCUCUUUCGGAACCAUAAUCAAGAAGUCGGUAAUGAAGUUUCCGAAAUUAGAAGAUUCAGAGGAUUUCCUUUCAAGCCUUUCUCUUCUAGCUGAGGAUUUGACUUUCCAUACCCCUGCUUUUACUGACAAGCGGGCUUCGGGAACUAAUCUCGGGAUGGAUGUUCUCUCGCUCGGUCCUUUAUUCGGACUUUUUUGGCGUAAUUCAAAUCUUUCUAUAGCGGAACAGACUACUACUACUACUCCAUAUGUCACAAAAGCCGAAAACACUGAGAAACAGCUUCUUCUGAAUGUUUCAGCUCAAAUCUCAGUUACAGGGGAUGCUUUCGGUAACUUCUCAGUGCUCUACUUGGAAGGUCUUUACGAUGAGCGUGCUGGGAAAAUGUAUCUUGCAGGUUGCAGAGACGUGAGGGCCUCGUGGAAAAUCUUGUUUGAGAGUGCUGAUCUUGAAGCCGGGCUAGAUUGUUUGAUCGACGUGGUUGUUUCUUAUCCACCUAUCAAAUCACGGUGGUUGGCCGAUCCAACGGCUAAGGUUUCAAUAUCUAGCAGAAGACCAGAGGAUGAUCCUCUCUAUUUUAAAUCUGUUAAUCUCAAAACAACGCCUAUCUUUUACCGAAGGCAGCGUGAAGACAUUCUUUCUCGUGCAGGCGUUGAAGGGAUCCUCAAGGUUCUCACGCUAACAUUCUCUAUUGGUUGCAUCACGAGCCAGCUCUUUGACAUCAGAACCAAGACAGACUCGGUUCCUUUCGUUUCACUUGUAAUGCUUGGAGUUCAAGCUAUCGGUUAUAGCUUGCCGUUAAUCACUGGAGCAGAGGCUCUCUUUAAAAGAAAAUCAGCUUCAGCACCAACGUACGAAACACCUUCGUUUGAUCUACAGAGAAGUCAAUGGUUCAAUGUGAUUGAUUACACCGUGAAGCUCCUCGUGAUGCUUUGCUUUCUACUAACUCUAAGGCUUUGUCAGAAAGUGUGGAAGUCNCGAGCCAGAUUGCUCACUCNAANANCUCAAGAACCNCAUAAAGUUCCAAGUGAUCGCCGAGUGCUUCUCAUCUCCCUGGUAUUACACGCACUUGGAUACAUACUUGCUCUGAUCCUACAUCCCGCAAGAACCGACAGAUUUGCUGAAGUUGUUGGAAGUUAUUCACCUGCCGCUGCAAAAUGGUGGCAAACCGAAACAGAGGAGUAUAUUGGUUUGGUUCAAGAUUUAUUCUUGCUCCCUCAGGUAAUUGCUAAUUUUAUGUGGCAGAUCGAUUCCCAUCAGCCACUAAGGAAGCUAUAUUACUUCGGGAUCACGCUGGUCAGGCUUUUCCCGCACGCCUAUGACUACAUCAUUGGUUCUGUUCCUGAUCCUUACUUCAUUGGAGAAGAACACGAGUUUGUUAAUCCGAAUUUCGAUUUCUUCUCCAAGUUUGGGGAUAUCGCGAUACCUGUUACAGCGAUUCUACUUGCGGUCAUUGUGUUUGUUCAGCAGAGAUGGGACUAUGACAAGCUUUCUCAAGCUUUAACCUUUGGACAGUUUAGGAUUCUCCCUUCUCGUUCUGUUAAGUAUGAGAGAGUAAUGUCUCAGCCAACAGAAUCCGAAAUGGUUUCUAGAGUCUGCGUCAAUGGCAAUCACAGUGAUGAAGAAUGA